AGCCUGACUUCUCUUUUUGGGGUAGGUGAUUUUCUAACUGCAGCACAUGAGAGGUGCAGCUCCUUAAGACAGCAACUCCUGGGGCUCUGGGACAGGUGGGCUGUGGGGGGGGAGCAGAGAAUGGGGCUGAAUGUGCGCACUUCUCAGUACUUGCUAGAGCUGAGACUGGAGCUGUUUGUGAUAGGAGUGUUGUAUGUGCCCUGCUAUAGCCCUGCACACCCUGUCCAGAACAAAGACUCCAGGUUGAACCCCAGCCUGUCAAGACACUGUGAGCAAAAAUGCUCCAACAAAAGCAUUCAAUCAAUAAUUUUAAAUACAUCCUGGGGUCUUUGCUGUGAAAGUUUUAAGCUCAGUUUGAGGAAUGAAUGUGCAUUGGGGUGUGUGUCAUAGCAGCACCACCCCAGCAAAAGGGUUCUUUGCUCUUUCUCUUGGCAGGUGGUUUUUUAGGUAAGAGUAGAGAUGCGAUGUGCCACCUUUUUGCAUGGAACACAGCAAGAUAAAAGGGCUGUCACUGAUUAAAACAUCAGUUUGUCGUCUUGUAGCUUGUGUUUUACUGGCAAAUGUGUCAUGCCAUUGGUUUCUUUGUGUGAAUGCUGCUCUUUCUAAGGUUUGUAUUUGCACGUGGACUUCUUAGCUACGAGUGGCCUCGAAGCCAGACCAGGCUGUUGGGCUCAUGGCUCUGCAGUCAGAGCUCAGGCUGUUAGUGGAGCAGGUAAAGCCCAUUCUUCAUAUCCCUGCUUUAUUUUCAGGUGAACUGCAGAAUCUCAUUACCGACAGCAAUGGCAGGGCUUUGAAGAUUUCAGCCUAAUUACCUUAUUUGUGCUGUGAGUAGCAGUGAAAUCCGUGUGCUGUCAGGGAGAGUUAGCUGCUGUGCUGGGGUGGGAGAAAAGGGCCCCAGGGAAGGGCUGGUGCAUGAAUGGUGUUCUCUGGUUGUGUGGGGUUCCCUGCAGGAGCACAUGGGCUGAGACCCAUCUGUGGCCAUAAAGCUGAUAGCUGUCCAGGCAGGAAGCUCUCAGUGCAUAACUUUGGCAGCCCAGGUGUGGAGGGCUUUGAGAUUUUCCCUUCUUUCUUUUUAGGAGUAUGCAGAACAGGCCUGUAAUCUGAGGCUUAGAUGGGGCAAGUUUCAGUGAUGUGUGUGCGAGGGCUGUGAGAGCCAUGUGUUUGCACAGCACCUCUGGGGUUCUGAUGGAGACGUAUCUCCAUUUAUGGUCAAAUCCGAGGAAUUUUCUGAUAUUUGAAUGAAAUGGGGGUCAAAGUUCUAUUAAUACGACAGCUAUUCAUGUUCUAAAGCCUUAGCAGCAUUGUCACAUCUCUUGUGGAGGCAAGGAGCUCUGAGAUAUAUACAGUCUAAAUAACACUAAACCGUGUAGCAAGAAGGGAGAGGAGGGCAGGAAUGUAAUCCUUGAUCAGCAGCUGAAGGCAGAGGGAUGAGAAAGAUCUUUGAUGAUUAAGAUCUUUGAUCUUUCAGAUAAAGCAAAACACAGAAACAUUAGAUGUGCUCAACCCUAACACAGUUUCUUGGAUCUUCUUUCGGUCAGUGUCUCUGUGCUGCCCUUAAUUAUGUUGUAUGAGUUCAGAGCACUCUUCCAAGCUGGCAAGUAAGCUGGCACAAGAGCUCAGCGAAGGGCAGGUUGCCCCGUGUGCCCUCUGCAUGGCCCAGGCUCUGACUGAGUCCUGCUGCUGUUGCUUUGUAGCUGAAGUCUUCCAGCCUCUGCAAGGCCAUUGCUUCCUCCUGGUAACGCUCCCCAUGGUUUGUGUAUCCACUGAGUGAAGUGAGUGCAUGAAGUCAAAUAACUCUUGCAGGGUUUGAGCAUCGCUUUCCUUUUCUGAAGCUCCAGGCAGCAGCUGGGAGAAAGUUGGUUUGGAAAACAAAGCUGUUAGGAACUGUUUGUUUAGACACAAGGCAAAAUGAAAGUGGAAAACAUAAUCUGUCAGUUCCCUUCAGCCUCCCACCUUAUUUUUGUUUAAAAUAUCCUCAUGCAACUUAGUUUCAGUAAGCAAGAGAUGUUUCCUAUAAGCUGGUGUUUACUAGUUUGGGAAUGGGAUGCAAUAAAGAACAGAAAUCCCUGUGUAUGCCAGUGUUUUCAGACUGUAUCAAGAGUGUAUAAUUUUAUAGACCUUUCAAGAGAUUUCCUUAAGUAAACAGUGAGGAACUGUUAAGUUAUAGCCAUGUAAAACAACAAUGUAACAGUCUCAUUGCUGGUACUAAUGGCUUUUUUAUCCUGUGGGUAGGAGUGGUUUGGGCUGCUGGCAGAUAACAAACCUUUCCUGAGAUGGUUUUGCAACUCAUUUGGAGGAGCAGCCAGUUUUAGAUCCUUGAGCAACUUCUUUCCCUCCUAAUGAGGGAGAUAAGGACUGUGUGGGUGCUCUCACUCCAGUUCUUCCAGGAUCGUGCAGGGCUGAGCAGCUUUCAGAAGAGCACAGUACAGUUUCUCUGCAGGCUGAGAGCCACUGAAGUCUUUGGAGAUUCAGGCUUGCAGGCCAUCCACACUACAGCCGCUGCAAACCAUGCACGACCAGCGUUACUCCUUGCUUAUUGUGUGCUGUCUGAAUCAUAAGCUUUUCAUCCGGAGCAGGUUUUUGAUCUACAAUUCUUUGGAACAGGAGGAUGUUCAGCUGCUCCCAGCCCAGCCUGCAGCCUGUCAGAGCUGCUCUGUCGUACUAAAUCAGAAAGGUCAUUGUCAUUUCCCUCAGGGGCAGGGGGAAGGGCUUCAGGUGCAGCAGGAGGCUGGUGUGGAACUCAGUGGCACUCUGCGUGGGGCACUUCAUCGCUGCAGUACCAGGAGGCUCAGGAGGAGGAUGUGUGGUCUCAGCCUGAGCUCCUCUGCUCCUGCUGCCAGCAGGGAGGCUGGGUGCCACCUUGGACAGGAGCCUGCAUGGUGCCUUGGCCCUCUUCCAGCCCCAAGUCACUGCAGUGACCUCUGUUGAGAUGUGUGUGUUGAAAGGGACUGGUCGCUUGCAUUUCUUGGAUUCUUUUUCCUGAUUCUCAAUUUUAAAUGGCAUUCUGGGCUCGUUUCUGGCUGCCAUACACAUGUGCAUGCUGGCAAACUUUGCACCAACUCAUUUGGGCUCAUGAAAGAAAUUGUCUGUGCAAGAAGAGCUGUGGCUUGUAAUGAAAUAGCUUUGCAGUGACACAGUUUCGGUGUUGCAGUAUGUCAGCGCUGGCUUUCAGGUUGUUCCAGGGCUAAAAAUACAGCCCAUUAAGGCUUCUGCCAUGGGAUGUAGCCAUGUUUUAUUUUAUUCCUUAUGUUCUUAUUGCUAACUGAUUUUAAGUGAGGCUGCAUUUGGAGACCUACCUUACAAGAUCACCUCAACUGAAGUGUAAAUCAUUGUUUCCCAAUAAGUGGAGAAGAGUGAAGUACUUGUGUUGGAGGUGGUAAGAGGCAGAACUGCUUGCCAGAGGGCUGGGAGGCUGCACUGCUGGCACUGCCUGAGCACAGCCGCUGGACCAGGCUUUUCUCUGCCCCCAGGUGCCAAAAACUUCAGAAUUACAUUGCAGAGAUUAUCACUGGGGGUUUUACCACCUAGUUCAUUUGAAACUGGAUGCGCCUGAGACGCAUUGAACAAAUGGACAGUGGCCUCCCUUCUCCCUGGGGACAGCUUUUACAUGGAUGGGAAGCUACAGAUGGGGCCCAAGGCAGAAAUGCAAAUAGGCAGGGCUGUGAUAUGAAGCAUUUGGCAGCAUUGCGGGCUUAAAAGCUCCCUCCCCACGGCUGCUUGAUCCUGCUCUCUGGGUUGUGCUGACACAGCUGGUUGUGGGUUGCACUGUGAACUGUGUGAGCGGAGCUUUGGCCUCAAAACGAAGGGAUUAGUGCCUGUGCUGCUGGCACUGCGAAGCUGGCCCGGCCCAGUCCAUCCCAGCGCUGCCUGUAAGAGGCUCUCAGAGGUGUGCUCACUUCCCAACACCCACCAUGUUUACAGCUUUGCAGAAGAGCACUGUUGUAAGCACAAGUAGCUAAUGAGUUUUUAUAACCUUCUUUUCUUUGCUUUUGAAGACUCAAGUUCUGGUUCCGUGUGGGGUCAGUGCGUAACUCACGUUACGCAGGGAGAGUUGGGGCAGCUUUGGUUUCAGCCCAGCUCUGGUCCCUGAGCUGUUUGGCUCUUUCCUGACACGAGGCAAUCACUGUCAGUGCUGCCUUGGCCCCGGUGCUGCUAACAAAACAAGUUGUGGGGGCAGAUCUCCCACAUUCAUGAGCUCAGCGGUGGUUGACUGCUUUUUGUAGAUGAAAAGGUCAGGUCUGUUGCCGGGGUUAUGCAGAAAGGUUUGUUCUGGAACAGCCUGCUCCCGAUCAGCUCCCGUCUGCUGAGCUGCCGAGCACUCAUCUAAGCAGUGCUUUUCCUGCGUUUUCCUCAUGGGGAGGCUGUUGGAAGGGGAUUCUGUGGAGCUGAGCUGUAGUGCUGGUCCUGCAAAGGUGAUAUUGGAGCCAAACCAAGUCGUGGUUUUGGACUGUAACCUGGCCUCUGCUGAGCAGGUGAUCAAUAUCACGUGGAAGAAGAAUGGGUUUCCGCUAGUGGAGCAGGAACAUCUGCACGUGCUUCCAAAUGGAUCGCUCUUCAUCUCAUCACAGGCUGUGGCAAAGGACAGUAAAUACUCUGAGAGAGCUGAUGCUGAGGGUAAUUACUCCUGUGUGUCCCACAGCUCCCUAGGGGCAGUCACCAGUCAAACGGCUGCAGUCAGAUUUUCAAGCUUGGCACGCUUUUUCCAACAGCCGGAGUCGCAGACAGUGGAAGAAAAUGGCAUGGCUCGGUUUGAGUGCCGGAUCGAAGGCUUGCCUUCCCCUGUCAUCACGUGGGAGAAGGAUCACGUAGCUGUUCCAGAAGAACCCAGGUUUAUAACUCUUCCAAAUGGUGUGCUCCAGAUUGUUGACGUGCAGGAGAGUGAUGCUGGGGUGUACCACUGCGUGGCCAGCAAUGCUGCUCGGAAGCGCUACAGCAACGCUGCAGUUCUCAGUGUCCUGAAAGGUUCCCAGCCAGCAGGAGGAGAUGUCACCAUCAUUGCUGCUCCGGAGAACACCACGGUGGUGGCAGGGGAGAGUGUGGUGAUGGAGUGCAUGGCAGCUGCUGAUCCCACCCCGUUUGUCUCCUGGAUACGGCAGGAUGGAAAGCCUGUUUCCACAGAUGUGAUCGUGCUGGGUCGGACAAACCUCCUCAUUCCUUCCAGCCAGCCCCAUCACUCUGGAGUAUAUGUUUGCCGUGCUAACAAACCCCAGACCAGGCAGUUUGUUACAGCUGCGGCUGAGCUCCGGGUCCUGGCUACGCCCAGCAUCUCCCAGGCUCCUGAAACCAUCUCGCGCACCCGAGCAAGCACGGCUCGAUUCGUCUGCAAGGCGGAGGGCGAGCCAGCCCCCACCAUUCACUGGCUGAAGAACGGCGAGGCCAUCCUCUCCAAUGGGCGAGUGAAGGUCCAGAGCAGCGGCAGCUUGGUGAUCAAUCAGAUCGGGCUGGAGGAUGCUGGCUACUACCAGUGUGUGGCUGAGAACAGCCUGGGCAUGGCAUGCGCCACUGCCAAGCUCUCCGUGAUUGUGCGGGAGGGUUUGCCCAGUGCUCCCAAGAAGGUCUCAGCUGUGUCCCUCUCCAGCACCACGGUCUUAGUGUCCUGGGAGCGGCCAGAGUACAACAGCGAGCAGAUCAUUGGCUUCUCGUUACAUUACCAACGGGCUGUGGGAACAGAUAACGUGGAGUACCAGUUUGCUGUCAAUAAUGAUACCACGGAGCUGCAAGUGAAGGACCUGGAACCCAACACCAACUAUGUCUUCUAUGUGGUCGCGUAUUCUCAGCUUGGAGCCAGCCGGACAUCCUCUUCCAUAAUUGUUCAGACCUUGGAGGACGUCCCUAGUGCUGCUCCUCAGCUGUCCCUGUCAAGCAUGACUCCUGGUGACAUCCGUGUGACAUGGUUACCUCUUCCUCCAGAGCUGAGUAAUGGCAAGAUAACAAAGUACAAGAUUGACUACUGCACUAUCAAGGAAGCAGAUCAGGUUAACUCCAUUGAAGUGGGUGGAAAUGAGACACAAAUCACUCUGUACUCACUGCAUCCCAACAAAGUGUACAAAGUGCGCAUUGCAGCCAGCACCAGCGUGGGCUACGGGGCCCCAUCUGAGUGGACCCAGCAUCGGACUCCUGACAGGGACAACCAGACACAUGUUCCAUUUGCACCAACAGAAUUAAAAGUCCGAGCGAAGAUGGAGUCUCUCCUGAUUACAUGGCAACCCCCAGCCAACCAUGCCCAGAUAUCAGGCUACAAACUCUACUACCGGGAGGUGGGCCAGGAGGAGUCCAGUGAUGAAAGCCCUCUGGAUGGUGCUGAAGAUGAGAGCUGGGACGUAGGACCCAUAAAGCUAAAGAAGAAAGUGAAGCAGUAUGAACUGACUCGACUAGCUCCUGGGAAGCUCUAUGAGGUGAAGCUGGUGGCAUUCAAUAAGCACGAAGAUGGUUAUGCAGCAGUUUGGAAGGGCAAAACAGAAAAGGCGCCUGCAACAGCAGUAGAUCCCCCUGUGCAGAAGGGUCCUCCACUGCCUCCAGUCCAAGUCUAUGCAGAGUCCAACAGCUCAACUUCUAUAUGGCUCAGAUGGAAGAAACCUGACUUCACCACUGUCAAGAUUGUCAACUACACCGUGCGCUUCAGCCCUUGGGGCCUGAAAAAUGCCUCUCUUGUUACGUACUACACAAGCUCGGAUGAAGAUAUUCUCAUUAGUGGGUUGAAGCCCUACACCAGAUACGAGUUUGCUGUGCAGUCCAAUGGUGUUGGUAUUGAUGGGCCCUUUGGCAGCGUGGUGGAGCGAUUCACCCUUCCUGACCGUCCCUCAACCCCUCCAUCUGAUCUGCGGCUGCACCCCCUCAACCCCUAUGCAGUCCAGGUGCACUGGUGUCCCCCUGCUGAGCCCAACGGCAUCAUUGUGGAGUACCUCAUCCUGUACAAUGCCAACAACACGCAGCCUGAUGAAAUGUGGACCUUGCUGACACGAGAAGGAAAUAUCUUCAGCACUGAGGUGCAUGGCCUGGAAAGUGAUACCAGAUACUUCUUCAAGAUGGGAGCAAAGACAGUCGUGGGAUCUGGUCCCUACUCAAACGUGAAGGAUGUGCACACCCUCCGGGAGAAGUUGUCUGAUGUUCUGGAUAUCCACUCUGUCACGGGAAUCAUUGUGGGGGUCUGCCUGGGGCUGCUCUGCAUACUCUUCUGCAUGUGUGCCAGCUUCCGCAACAGCAAGCAGAGGGAGGCUCUGCCAGGCCUGGAUUCCCAAGCAACUGGCAAUUCUUACUACCAUCGGGGCAGGCAAGGGGUGGCAGCUCCCUGUGCCACCUCGGACACACAUGAACUGGAGUCCCUCAUGUCCCCACUGCCAGAGGAUGCACCUGUGCCCCUAGGAGACAUCACAGAACUGACAGAAGUGCACAGCCUCAUCCACACGAGCCUCCCUGAAGACACUGUCCAUGGGAAGAGGAAGUCUUCUUGGAAUAAAUCAGCUAACCAGCCCUGGACAAACAGCAUAGCCAGAUAUGGGGACACUAUCACAAAAGAGCCUCUCCCUGCUGCGAACGGAUCACUGAAGCUCCCUUCCAGUGCAGGACAGAAGCUUUUGUUCCAGGCUCUGGUUUACGAUGCUGUGAUGAAUGAAGCAAAGAAGAGUCACCCGCCAGCCAGCCUCCACCAAGUGGAAGCAGAGGUCAUUGUUCAUUCUGAUUUUUCAGCCUCUGACAGAGACUGUGACUCCCAGCUGCGCACCCUGGAUGGUCAAGAGACAGAAACCGAGGAGCAGGACCCUGAAGAGUUUUCCUCUGGUGACCUGGCUCUCCCCAGCUCUCCCAGCACCCAGCAGGAUGCGUGUCAAGCGUUGAUGGACUGCUUGGGCAAUGUGGAGGUUCAGACCCAGGAUGAGCUCUUGUUUGCCACCAGAAAGACUAACAGAACAGAGGCUGUUUGCAUCCCCGGGCUCACCAAUGGGUUCCACAGGAAUGGGGAAAGUCUGGAUUCAGUGGAGAGUGAAGAUUUGGACUCCAUCCCGGAAGACAGGGGGGAUGUGCAGACAGUCAAGUGCCAGGCGCUAUCUGUGGCCCCAGAGGAGGCUCCCCUGUGUAGUAACUCUGGUUUAACCAGUUCAUCCUCAGCAUCUGAGAACAUAGCAUGUGUCCACAAUCAUUGAAGAGUAAACUAAUCUGAUUUUGAUCAUGGGAGAGCUAGAAGCACCGCUAAGGGCCUGUUCCUUUGAGGUACUGCAUGCCCUCAGUUCACUGGAUCGAGCUAAGAAGGUGCAGCAUCUCACCAGAACAGGAUUAGGACCUGUCAGCUGUACAUAUCGCCUUCAAGAAAUCAGUAGGUAGACUGAUAAGGGCCCAUCUUUCUGCUGAAGCUAACGAGUAACCUGGUGUUCACGGGAGCAGAACUGAGCAGAACUGACAUGAAACCACAGCUAGAGCAGAGCCUUCUGUGUUGGGCUGGUGCCAUCACCUCACUGUAGGCCCCUUUAUGACUGGCAAGAGGCACAGCGUGCUGAGCCAGUCUCCUCAACUGUCUCUUGUCCACGGAGGCCUUGGACUACCUGCUACCUUGUGGUGUUGGGAUGGACUUUGUCAGAGUCCCACACGGGGGUGGAACCAACACAACAAACAGAGCUGUAACCACCAGCCUUUUCUGCCCUCCCGUGGUUAAAAGGAUUAUAAGGCUCUCUUUGUACGCUGCCACAGUAACCAUUGCUAGCAGGCUGAUGUAGUGGCCUUUUAUUACACACUCUACGAGUGCCUCUAACAACUUGUACUGUAUAGAACCUUCUUCGGCGUCUGGGUCAUUUCACCAACCUGGGCUUUGUUUUAUGAAGGUUCUUGUACCUAAUAUUUUAGGUACGCAUCUGUCCUUUUAAUGUACGACAUGUAUUUUUAUUUCCUUGAAGCAUCUUUAUAUUAUUUAAUUUUAUGAAGUGGAGUAGCGUGUGGUAUAGAGUAGCAUUUUUACUACUUCUCUUUUUCCUUUGUUUUUUUUGUCCUCCCUAACAACACAACUACCUCAUGUCUGUUGGAGAAAAAAAGCAGUAGAUCUACUCUUUUGUUAUAGUCCAUUAUAGGUUUUAACUUAUUCUUAUACUGCCUUUUUCUAAAGAAUAUGUUUGCACUGGUUGUUGACUAUUUUUUUUAAUAGUGCUGCAGAGCUGAUGUCUAUCUUGCUUUGUUUCUAAGUAUUGCUUAGACACGUUCCCCACAGCUGGGGGGGUUGUGUUUCUUUGUAGGACUGUGUUUUACAGGAGCUGGCCAAAGGAGACUGCUUCAGCUGGCAGGAUGUUGAUCAGUUUUUUUUUUUAAGAAAUUUAUGCUAGCAAAAAGGAAAAAAAGAACCAACAAUUACAAAAUUAACUUGUGACCUUGGGGACAUCUUUGUGUUCAAAUGGAGACCGUUCAGAUGCUCAAGUUCCAGGAAGCAACUCUCAGCCUCCCAUAAGCAGUGAGCUUGCUGAAGGUUUUGGAUGAACAGGAGAUAAUUUCUCAUCAUUUCUGAGAACCCUCUCAGUGUGCUCUGCGUUGGAGCUGAGCUGGACCAGCCUUUUUCCUUGCUGCCAGACUGCUGUUCAGCGGGGAACCUCUAAGCCUCCAUGUACGCUGUUGGGAAGCUGUUGUUGAAGCUUCCAUCUUUCCCCAUCCUACAGUUUCUUCCCCCAGCACGCCACCCUGUUACACGUACUUCUGUACUGUACUGUACUUUACUUGUUGCAGUUGACUCAGCUGCUCCAGUUGGUGUUCAGAGCAACUCCAGUUGAGGAGUCUCAGAAAUGCUGUUCUGGGCUCUGAAGCACCAUGGCUGAAAAUCAGUGCUAGGCAGGAGUUAGUGCAUGAAGCUAGAAAGCCAUGAUAACUGGGCACUGGAAGUGCAUCAUUAACCUCCAAGAACUCACUGCCACAAGACUUUGAAACUAACAACUUAGCAGUGUUACCGAUAAGGCAGUGAAGUGUUAUUGCAGGCAAUAAGGGUAAUUCACAGUUAUAUGAGAGCGGAUGCAAUUGCAGGAGUGUAAACCCUCCAACUGGGGACUAUCAGGAACCAGCUGUGGAGGGUGGGGACAGAUUUCCGUAGCUGGACCUGAGCUAGUAGUUAAUUUCAUGGGGGAGUCCUUGCCCUGGACAAGCCAUGACUUUGGUGUGCAAAAGGGGAUGAAGACUGUGCUCCAAAAAAGCUCACUCUAGAAGAACCUCUGGUGACUUCUUUCAUCUCCAAAGGCAAGUUGCCAUCUGCAAGCAUGAAAGCAUGCCAAAGGAUUACUUCCACUGAUAUCUCACUGCUGGAGGGCAGUGCCAGGAGGAGUUGGGCCAGCAGCAGGCACAACGGAUGUUGGAGCUCUACUGACUUCUGUGAUCAUGCUGUACCUGUGUCAGCCCUGAUCUUUCCAUACAGAGGACUUGUGUGGAUGGAGGCUUAGUCCCAUGGCUGAUGAAGGGCUGUGCCAUAGGGAUACUCCUAGGUACAUCCACCCUCUGCUUUGUCUCUCCCUAUUUUAGGAAUCACAUAACCGUGGGCUGAGCAAUGUUGAUCAGCCCAGAGUCCAUCCCUGCCUGUCACCGAAGCCCGCACAAGCAAGCAUGGUAUGGCACUGCUCACCUGGAUCAUCUUGGGCCAGUCACAAACCACUGAGUUGUCGCAUGCUCUGAGAGCAGAGCGCUCUCCUUAAGCACCACAGAAACACUUUGUUUCCUCACGUUGAGCCUUCUGAAGCACGAAGCUGGCAGUGUUGGAUGUCCAGGUGCUGCGGUGGCAGUGGACUGAUGGCAGCAAACCUCAGCUGCAGAAAUCAGAGCGGGUCUCUCAGAAACAAGAGAUCAUUGCUGAUUGGCAGCAGCAAAGCUGAUCUCUGCGCCCUCGUUUGGUGCAGCUGUACCCCAGGCCCCACCUAUCCUGAUUAGGGACUGUGGGACUGGAUUAGAAGUGAAAGGAAGAAGACAGAUAACAUACGUUUUGUGUAAAGCUUGAAACAACCAGUGCAUAUAUUUUUUUAUCAUGAAAUAAGUAGCUUUCUUGCAGAUUUCUCACAGACACUCAAACUGUUGAUACCUUUAAUUACCCAUUGUACUUAAUAUAUGUUCCUAAUCAUCAGGCUCCCUUCCCCCUUUUCUCCCUUGCAGUAACACUAAAGAUUAUUGCUAUUCAGCUUUUUGCCAGUGUGUGUUGUUUUACUUUGUUGAAAUGUCAAAUUUGUCUCACUGGCAUAAUUUUGUGGUAUUAAUGUUACCGUUUGGCUACACAACUGUAUAUUUCCCAUGCUGCUGUGAGAGUCACAAUUCUUACUCCUUUUCUUCUUUUAGGUCUUUGUUAGAUGAAAUACACGACUGAGCUGAAUAUCUCAACUUUUCGAUUUGAUUUCUUACUUAACAGACAGUAAGGCUCUGGUUUAAGUAGUUAAAAUGAGCUAACUUAUAACCUAGGCUUUGAGAAUUUGUUAUGUUACUAGCUAAUAAUCCUGAGAUCAGCCCAUGAAACACACCUAUAAGAAAACACCCAUUUUAGUGGAUCACUGUGUAUGUUUUUGAUCUCAUUAGAAAUAGAUGUUUUGAAGGGAUCAUUGUGUCUUUUCUAAUCAAUACCCUUGUUAGAAAAGAGGUGUUUAGUCCAGCAGAAAUCUACCAUCUAGUUCUGUUAUCAUGUUCCUAUGCUAAUAUUUUAAAAUCAAAUUUUGUUUAACUUUCUGCACAGUGCAUAAGGAUGUGUAACCAGAACUUGAUCUUGUUUGAAGAUUGUGUCUGUAUUUGGUUCCAUGCUGUACUUAAUUAUAACUUUCUUUCUUCAGAGACUGUUCUUACUCCACAAAUACUCUUUAGUGCUAAAGUGUAAGACAACGUUGUCCUUAUAUUCCUUAACUAAUGGAUUAUUAAUAAAAUCCUAAAAAAACCUCACAAAAACACACAACAGAAAACCAGUGGAAUUUGUCUCAUGAGUCCAUCUUCUACAGCUCUUGCUCUGAGGGAAAGUUUUGCUGUGGAAGGCUGAUCCUGCCCCAAUGCUUGUGAUGUAUCUCUGCAGCCUGAUUAGAGCUGUGCUGUGAGAGGGACCGCGUGUGUAUUUGCUUACAUCUCCAAUCUCCUCGUGCUUACCUGAGGAACUCCUGUCUGGAUGGAUCUGAGCAAGGCCUUGCAGCUGACAGCCCUGAGGCUACAUGGCAGAGUGCCUCUGAUGUUGUGCUGGGUUACAGUGUGAAGAUGGCAUAGGUUUCACCACCUCUCUGCAGUCCAUACCCGACUGAUGCAGGUCUUGUUCAUCUGUGUGAGCUGAUAGAGAUCACUGAUGGAAAGAGUGGAGGCCCAGAACCAGUAUCUGGUCUGCUAACUGGAGGUUGUAUUGCAGCUUCAGUGCUUGCUGGUGGGAGCAGGACUGGGGAUUCAUGCUCACUUCAGUGCCUGAGCUUGUAACCAUGGAGGCUGGGAGUGUUAUGGUGGUGAGUGCUUUCUUCCUUAGACAUCGCUCUUCUGGGAUUUCAGGCACAGUUUGGGGUCAGUAGGUCUUUCUUGAUGCUUGCUCAUUUCUCAGCUAUUGAGCUGAUUCCUAUUUAAAAAAAAGUCCAGUUUCAUCCAUUACAUUGUUGAGGAAUUUUAUUUGGAAAAUAAGCAGAAGCAUCUAGCAAACAAAUGGUGACUUCUCUUAGAUGAUGCACUAAAUUAAACACUUAGUGGCUUGUGUCCAGCCAGAUUGGUGAGAAGAUGUCUGGCAGUGCCUGAGGAACGCUAUUAACCUCCCAUGCAUCUCCCUUUCUUCCUAGGAUGCAUUCCCUACUUGAGUAGAUAGCUUCCAUUAUUGCUUUAUGCUUCCAGGACUACAGGGCCAUAAAAUCUCAUUUUAUCUGCAUUAUGGUGGUAAUAAAUCUCCACUUAGCAUAGUGUUCUCUGAUGGUGGUUGAAGGGAACUCUGUCAAACUGUAACUCCGAUGAGUCUUUCUCUUAAUGACAGGUAAUGAGCGAGGAAGGACCUUUGUGGGGGGUUGACUGCUUGUCCCACUUCUCAGUGUGAUGCUGCUGAGUGGGACAACUGGAAACAAGGCAGCAACUGAGUUAACAGCAGAGGGAUUCACAGACAGAGCAGUUACAGGGGAACUGGGAUUACAGAGGAGUGAAGGUAAGAGCAAGGUGUCUGUCUGCAUUUCAUUCUUUUGCUAGCAUUUAUCACCCCUAUAUCCUGUGCCGUGAUGCAGCUGGCAAUAUCACUGCACUGAGCUCAAGGCUCUGGUCAGGUCAAUCAGUAAGCAGCUGAUAUAGAACACUGCCCAGCACAGCUUGGUGGGAAGUGGCACAAUGUGAGGCAAAGGGCUGUGAUGCAAGGAGGUGGCUUGGGAUGAUGCUCCACAGCUGUAUGCACCCCAUACCACACACUGCACUGCAAGCAAUGUGUAACUCAGCAGUUGUAAAGCCUCUCCCAGGCUUUCGAAACAGCAGCAUGCCUCCGUGCAGUAUUUUACAGCCAUGCCCGAGGGAGAGAGGUCUGACCAAGGACAUACAGCAACACCAUGUCAUCACCCUUCUGUCACACAGCCUGGGCUGGUCCCAGCCACAGCCCUGAGCACGGAUAGCAGAGUUUUCAUGCUGAAAAGCAGCUUCCAGGAGCACUUCCCGGGAGUGGCAGAGCUCAGUACCUCCAGGUGGGUGCCCUGAUUUUGGCUCUCCUACGACACGGACCGCAAAACAGACGCCAAAACCUCUCAUAUAUUUAUGGAAGUGAAAAGCUCCCAGACUGUUAGCAGACAGGGAAACCACAGUUACACAGAGAAUAAUAAGUGGAGUUAAUUCAGACAGGUUAAUCUCCUGCUUCAUUCCCUGAAAUUACUAAUGGUGUCUUGGGGACCUCAGUCUGCAAUUAAUUGGUGUAAAUCAGGAGCACUUCUGGCGCUGAUAGAAAUUCACAGAGCAGGGGGUGAGCUGAGCCCUUUGAGCUGGCUCUCAUGGAGGAUAACUUGGGUAACUUUUGGGGGGGACAACAGACAGAUGGUGCUCGGACCCCCCUGCAUGAGGGGCUGUUUUUCAGAUUUCUGCUCACAGUGUGAUAAACAAAUUCCUGGAUCCAACACUAAGAAACUUUUUAAGCUGUCAUAGUUACAGAAGAGCACAGAAAAACAUGAGUGCUCCAGAUGCUGUCCUCAAGUAACUCUAAGAAAGGCUGUAAACUUGCAUUUUUCUUUGAAAACCUCAUUGGUUUUAACAUGAGUCCCAUUGUUGGGCACACUUGGGAUUUCUAAAUGUGACACCAGUGGUGUCACCAAUGUCAGCUGCAAGAUGUGGGCUAAACUGAGUCAUGCCCUCGAAGAGAUGGCUGCCUAUCCCCAGUCCUGUGUCCUGCCACUGCCACCCUUGCUAUCACCUACACACAGGAGCAAAAGCAUCCAAAAUCAGGCUUUUGGGGGAAAGAAGCACUACAAAACACACUGGUGGGUUGGUUUUUUUGUUUGUUUGUUUGUUUUUUCCCUUAGAGUUACUGAUUCUGACAAGACAUUCAUGGGGCUGGUCAGACUCUGGAGCAUGCUUACCACACUGGUAGCAUUCCUGGAGCUGCUAUGAGCCUGUAGUGACUGUGAGUAAUAGAGAAAUGCUUGCAUGGUGGCAGCCAGGGAGAUGGCUGGGGAGCAGGAAGCAGGAACAGAGUUUGUGCAAAAGGUCAGCAACGGUGCAGGAAUUCAGAUGUUCCUGAGAGGCCAACAGGGCCAGUUCAGCCCAGAGCAAAUUCUUCCCCACUGAAAGGAACUUCUUACAGAUCAGUUCUGCUCUAAAUGAGCAAACCUUUAAUGUGGAGCAGAUGCAGUGAAGUCUUCUUUCCAUGCUAACCGGCUCCACUGCAUCAGAGUGCACCAUCCAGGGAACUGUCUCUAUCCAUUGCCUGUCUUUAAAAAGUGUUGUCAUCAGUUUUUGGGCAAGGCAGGAUUAGUAACCUGUUUUGGUGCAAAGAAUUAGACUUAAGAUCUAAUUCUGUUGUUCUUUUUUCUUUUGUCUUCCCCCCUCUGCCCUCAGACAAACACACAACAGGCUUUGAGCAGUCACUGAAGAGAUGACUUUACUAAUGAUGAUAAUGAUGAGAGGAAGUUGUAUUUGCAGAGAGGAGCAGAGUAUUGGGCAGCACCAGUGGGAGGACAGCAAGGUACUGUACUGGCAUUAGGGCUGAGAGCUGGGCAGGGGUGUGUUACCUCAUUUCAUGGCAGGAGGGACAUAAGCUGGUACAUUAUCUUCAGGCUGUGGUAGGAUUUAGGCACCUCAUCCCUUGCUGAAUCCUUCCUCGCUGGGUUGGUCAUCAAAUACAAGAGCACCUUCGAAGGCAGUAUGGCUGUAUGACUCACCCAGCUAAGUCAUGAUGGUGCUUAGGGGGAAAUUCUUUACAGAGAGAGUGGUGAGGUGCUGGA